UAAAAGCCUUUUAUACUUCACAUAUGAACGCAAGAACAGCGAGACACUUUUAUUCUCGUACGAAGCUGACAAGAUUGAUGUCUGUCUGAUCCUAGUCCACCAUUUUAGCGUCCGCUAUUGUUACGCUAAUUUGUAACAAAGAAUGAAUGUCGGAGCCGAAAUGGCGUCUGUUUCUUGAACGGCACGCGCUUUGCGCCCUCUGCGCAUGCUCAUUAGCCAACGGGGGAAAGCUGCCUCGCGCUGGCGAGUCAACGGGAGGAAGUGGCGGGGGCUAUGAGUCCGCGCCUUUUCCGGUAGCAGAAAGCCGCUGUAACAGCGCGACUAAGAAAAGCGAGACGCGGAUGUACUUGGGUAACGGGUGUUGAUCCCUGCUGCAGGGCGAAGAGGCGAGGAGGACGCUCGCGAAUGAAUCGAUGACCUUUGGAGCGGCGGCGGCUCGAGCUCUUCCCGCGGCGACAAGAAGAGAGCGCGCGAGGCGGCGGCGCGAGGCACUGCGCAGGGGCCGUUGAGGAUCGAGCGCGGCGCGCGCGGCUUUUUUUUUUGUGGACGAAGAGAAGCGAAGCGCGAGGGGGAGCCCAGGCUCUGAGAGGGGGCCGCCCGCCAGGAGGAAGCAGGACUCCGGUACCGCAGGCGCCUCGCACGGCCUAUCCGCUCUUCUUUCCCCUUUCUGCGUUCGCAAGUUUGGUGUCGGGCGCGAAGAAGCGGCCCGGGCCCUGCGGUUUGAAGACGAAAUCACACAGGAAAAGAACUAAGUGAACAGUUGGAAGAGCAGGUCAGGUGAGGAGCGCACUUGCGAAGCUAUAGCCGCGUCCUCCUCCUCCACACCCUCUUUGUGGCCGAUAACUGGAUAUCUCUCCGCACAGCGAACUCCCUAACUACUGCCCACUUAGUAAUUGUGUUUAAAAAAAAAAAAAAAAAAAAACCCAAUAAAUUCUGCUCGUCAGAAACCUUUUGCCACGACAGUUUUUGUGACCACAAGCCCUCCUCUUGGUUUGUGUCUGGGCUUGUUCUCAGCGGGACACUUGGUUCGGAUACACGGCUGAAGAGACAAAGGUGUAUGGCUCCGCUGGAGACCCUCUAUUAAUUGGAUUUUUUUUUCUUCUCCUAAGCUGGCAAUCUGUGUUAGUGAAGGACUUUGCUUUUGGAGGUACCUGAGGAAAGCAUAAGUGAAACGGUUCUCCUGCUAACUGGAUAUUUAUGCACUGUUUACACGAUGGGGAAAAUGCUAUCAAAAAUCUUUGGCAACAAGGAGAUGAGAAUAUUGAUGCUUGGACUUGAUGCUGCUGGGAAGACGACCAUCCUGUACAAACUAAAACUGGGCCAGUCCGUAACCACCAUUCCCACCGUCGGUUUCAACGUGGAGACGGUCACCUAUAAAAACGUGAAAUUCAACGUGUGGGAUGUCGGAGGUCAAGACAAGAUCCGGCCCCUGUGGCGGCACUACUACACAGGGACCCAGGGGUUAAUCUUUGUGGUGGAUUGUGCGGAUAGAGAUCGGAUAGACGAGGCGAGGCAAGAGCUGCACCGCAUCAUUAAUGACCGGGAGAUGAGGGACGCCAUCAUCUUGAUUUUUGCCAAUAAGCAAGACCUGCCCGAUGCCAUGAAGCCGCACGAGAUCCAGGAGAAACUGGGCCUGACCCGCAUCAGAGAUAGGAAUUGGUAUGUGCAGCCCUCCUGCGCGACUACAGGGGACGGACUGUACGAGGGGCUCACCUGGCUCACUUCAAAUUACAAAUCUUAAUGAUCGACUGAGGACGCUUUAGAUUGAAGAAACAAAGUAUGCGAAUUUGCUGAUUAACAAAUAACACGGCUUCUCAGAAGAAUAUAUAAUAAAGAGAAGUUCAAUUAUAUUUUCAUUUAUUUUGAUUAUUAUAAUGACCCCUGUAACUAAUGGAUUUUCUUUAAACAAUUGUUUGGCUGGCUUUUUAGUUUCGCGUUUGCUCUGUUAUAGGCUAUUUUACACUUAAUUACCAUGAUUCCAGUAAUAUUUCAUAAGCAACUUAAAAAGAAACUACAUAGGUUUUGGAUUCUCCAAUCCCUCUGUGUAAUUUCAAAAGACAAUGUGAAUUUUUAGCUUUUUUUUUUGUUCACAUUGAAACAAGCUUGGUAUAGUUUUGCUUCUUUAAUACAUUGAUACACUGACCUGAAGUUUGAUAAUGGCAGGUGCUGCGUUUUUGGUUUAUGGGGUGACAGUUUGUCUUAAGUUUGAAUGUUUUCUCUGGAGAUAAGUGAUUGGAAAAUGGCUGUGUACUGCGAAAGUGAAGUAUGUCUGCAGAUACUGAACAGAUAAGUACUGUCAGAAAAAGCAGUUUCAGUGUUGUAGCCAUGUCUUCAUUAUGUCCCAGAUAUGUUAACCUGGAGUCUUUAAAAAAAAAAAAAAAAAAAAAAGACCUUAAUUUCAAAUUUUUCAGUCCUUUUUCAUUCAGUAUGUUAAACUCACUUGGAAUUCACUACUGGCUUCAAUUUUGCCAGCAGUUGUACUCCACCAGUCAAUGCUGCUCUAGCCAUCAGACUAAUAACUUGUUAAAAUGUAUUCAUAAGCCUACAUGCUGAAGGCCAGUAGUGGUUGACAGAAGUUUGAAUGUUGUUAAUGGAACAAUUAACUGACCGUAUGUUUCCAUAUCGUGUCAUACACCCCACCCAGUUCUAUUGACAAUAUUAGUUCCUGGGGUGUUGGCUUUGAAACUUGCAUGACAAAUUGGCUUAAUUUCUCCUUUGACUUUUUCUGUGCUAUUAAUUUUUAAAUUAUAAAAUCCAUAUUUUUUUGUUUCACCAUGCUGAUUUGGGAAGGUAAGAUGUACAGAAUGUACACAAUGUAAUUGUAACAAAAGCCUAUUAAACUAGCAAUUUUAAAAGUUUGUUUCUCAUUUUGACAAGUAGAGCUUUGAGAAAAAUGGAGGCUUAAGAAAAACCUGUCACUGUGGGUGAAAAGUCACAAUACAACUGGCUUUGAAAUUU